AUGCUUUUGCCCAAUAUAAAAAAGGGCAUACAUUUGAUCUCCUGGUCAGGUCUCCUGCCAAGGUUUUUUGUUGGGGCUUAUGAGUCCGUCAUUAUCGGAACAACGCUCCAGAAAACUGAUUUUAAGGCUGGUGCCGUCUUCGGCAUCCUCACCAGCGCCUACGUGAUGACAAAAUGGGGUCGCAAAUUUGGUCUUGUCUUUGGGUGUGUCAUAUCCUUGGCAGGUCUGGCAGGGAUGACAGGCUCCAUGAAUUAUGCAGAAUUCUUGGUGUUUUGCUUCAUCUCUGGAUUCGGAACGUGGCAAUGUGGUGCAGCAGGUGAGUUCAAGAAUGAGAAGAUCCACACAAGAUGCUCACUCACUUUUAAUCUUAAAAUGCUGAUGAAUGGCAAGCCUCUGUCAUACUUCCUUAACUUGCCCCUCCCUCACGUCGAGGUUUAUUGGCUGGGCUGA